AUGAAAUCCCUCGUAUUCUUAACUCUCCUAGCGAUGGCCGCGGCCAAACCUAAACCCGGUGGUCUCCUUUCUUCCCUCGGGGGAUUCCCUCGACCAGCGCCUGUGGUCCACGCCGCGCCCGUUGUCCACGCAGCCCCCGUGGCCAUCGCUAAGCCUGCCGCCACCAGCUACUCUUCCUUCCAACGGGUUAUCCACCCAGUUUCCGUAGCGCAGAUCCAUGCCGCACCUGUUAUCCAGGCCGCCCCUGUUGUCCACGCAGCCCCGGUUAUCUCUCAACCCAUCGUCCAAUCAAUCUCUCAGCCCAUUUACCAUUCAGCACCAGUUUUACAGUCCUAUGCCCAGCCUGUCCUCCAGAAAUAUCUGUCUCUGGGCUCAUACGGUCACGGAUGGUAA